GGCACACGCGACUUCGAAGCCGCUAUUGAAAGCCCAACCGCCUUCUUGAUUUUCUCAUCACUCACAUAAGAAAUUCUCAAAAUCAACCUAACAAAAAAUCGGAUUCCCCUUUCUUAGUCGCACAAAUUUUACUCAGGUAGUAUAAUGUUGUAGCUGGAAUUUUCAUCUCACCAAAAUUCUCAAUGCUCCGCCGUUUGUGCUGUGACAUCACUGCUUACGAUUGCCGACCGUUUCGCUCUAACUCUCUUCCUAUCCUUGUUAUAAGUGAGGAAUUUUAGUGGUAGCAGUGAUUGAAGCUGGAAUCGCUGCAGUUAAUUCCUUCUCUUGGUGAGUAGGAGAAAAAAUUGGAAAAUGAGUAGGGUGAGAGGAUACAUUAAUCCUGGAGUUGGCUUCGACGAGUAUGCAGAAUCGUGUGGCUAUGUCCGAAUAGGCUGUGCCGAUGAUGAAUUUGCGCAGGUGACAAAGUUAAGGUCCGCGCCACACAAGCAUCUGAGGCAUGUGUUGCCUGGAGAGAGUACUGCACCGCUCGUUUCGCCAGUGCAAAUGAUGAUGGGUAGAGAGUGCAACUACAGUGGGAAAGGGAGGUUUUCUACAUCAGAUUCUUGUCAUGUUUUGAGCCGGUAUUUGCCUGUCCGUAGUACCCCCUCUGUGGUUGAUAAGAUGACGAGUUGUGCAUAUGUGUCGCAAUUUUCUGAUGAUGGUUCUCUUUUCGUUGCUGGAUUUCAGGAAAGUCAUAUCAAAAUAUAUGACGUUGAUCAUGGAUGGAAAGUUCAUAAAGAUAUUUAUGCUAGGAGCUUGAGGUGGACUAUCACUGAUACUUCUCUGUCACCAGAUCGUCGAUUUCUUGUAUAUUCAAGCAUCUCUCCAGUUGUCCAUAUUGUAGAUGUUGGAUCUGGUACAAAGCAGUCUCUUGCAAACGUGACGGAGAUUCAUGAAGGUCUUGAAUUUUCGUCCAACGUUGAUGAUUAUGAGAACUAUUCUUUUGGCAUCUUCUCCGUAAAGUUUUCUACUGAUGGGCGAGAAAUUGUUGCUGCUAGCAGUGAUGAUGCGAUAUAUGUUUAUGAUCUUGAAGCCAGAAAGCUAAGCCUCCGAAUUCCAGCUCAUCGGGCUGAUGUCAAUUCUGUAUGCUUUGCGGAUGAAAGUGGCAACAUCAUAUAUUCGGGAAGCGAUGAUCGCCUGUGCAAAGUUUGGGACAGGCGUUGCCUUGCAACCAAGGGGCAAGCUGCUGGAGUCCUGAUGGGACAUUUAGAAGGCAUCACAUUCAUUGAUACCCGUGGAGAUGGACGUUACUUUAUCUCAAAUGGAAAAGAUCAAUCCAUUAAACUUUGGGACAUAAGGAAGAUGUCAUCUAAUGUCAAUUACGUGCCAAGACGCCGAUAUUCUGAAUGGGACUAUAGAUGGAUGGAAUAUCCUGAACAGGCUAGAAAUCUGAAGCUUCGCGAUGAUCUGUCAAUAGCUACGUAUAAGGGACAUACUGUCUUACGCACUCUGAUACGCUGUUAUUUCUCGCCAGCAUUUAGCACCGGGCAAAGGUAUAUAUAUACGGGAUCAACUGAUUCUUGCGUUUAUGUUUAUGAUGUGUUGAGUGGCGAUCUAGUUGCAAAACUCGAUUACCAUGAGGAUCCGGUGCGGGACUGCAACUGGCACCCGUUCUACCCUAUGCUGGUGAGCUCAUCCUGGGAUGGUAUGGUUGCGCGUUGGGAGUUCCCGGAUAACGGGAAAACCACGUCGCCGGCUGUACCAGUCAGAAGAAGGAGACGGUUUUUCUACUAGUUUUGGCAUUCAAGAAGAAUGUGCAGAAUACAUCUAGCCAUCACAUUUGUAUGAUUUCUGUUUUCAACAUAAUUAUAAGGAUUUAGUUGCAAACUACAUAACAUGUUACCAGGUACAUACGGAUCCUCUGUUCUCAACUUUUCAUGUAUAUAAAUGUUGUGACAGACA